CCACAUACCCGUGAAGAAAUAUGGUUAAUGCUUCCUUGAACUUCAACCACACUGCAGUGCAAGAGAUGAGCAGGCGGUUCAGUGCAAGAGCCUAAACUGGGCACGCACUAUCACCAGCUCUUCAUUCUUCUCAGGUAGCUGAGGAACACAGUCACACAGGAUCUCCACACAAAUCUGGCACUUAACUGCUCAUCUAAUCUGCUCAUAUAAAUGUGGACCACAGACACAAUGUCUCCUCAGGGAUACAACCACAGUUUCAGCGAGAGUAACAGUACCUGUGAGGUCCGGGAUACCCUCCCAUGGUUGUUCCUUCCCAUCAGUUACUCGGCCAUCUGCUGUAUCGGACUCCUCAGUAACACCAUCAGCUUGUUCGUCUUCCUGCGGCGUCACGCCGACACGUCCAUGGCGGUGUACAUGCGGCACCUCACUCUGGCCGACUCGCUCUUGGUCUUGUGCCUGCCGCUGCGGAUCUACUACCACAACAGCCAGGGUCCGGUCAUCUUGUGCAAACUGGUGGGCGUCUUCUUCUACAUCAACAUGUACGCGAGCAUCUCCUUCCUCAGCCUGAUCAGCCUGGACCGCUACCUGAAGAUCAUCAAGCCAGUCUGGGUCUUCCGCAUCCAGAAGGUGUGGUGGAGUCGGAUCACCAGCUACGUCAUCUGGGCCAUGCUCUUCAUAGGAAACAGCCUCUUCUUCGUGGGUAAAAAGAAGGACAGAAUUAGCCCUUGCGACAAGAUCUGCUUCCACUUCCAUGACAAAGGGUCGCUAGCAGGAGGCAUCAACCUGGCUGUGGUGGCCCUCUUCGGCGUCUUGAUCAUGGUCUUCAUCAUCUUCUACGUGAAGAUUGCUCUGAAGCUUAGAACCAUGGAGAUGGGGAACGGUGACCCCAAGGCACAGAGUCGCAAGCAGCAGCUCAUCCUGAAGACCUACUUGGUCCCCGCCAUAUUCACGCUGUGCUUCCUGCCGUACCAUUUGGUGCGAGCGCCAUAUGUUCUGGCUCAGAUGGGUGUGAUCAAAGAGCUGGACAGCAAGCAGAUGCUGCACUCUUGGAACGAGAUGACCUUGCUCCUGUCCACUCUCAACAGCUGCCUGGACCCUAUUAUAUACUACUUCCUGUCCAGCACGUACAGGAAGACCAUCUUGUGUGCCAUCAAGGGCCAGUUUAAGAGCGUGUACGACUUGAACCGCAGACGAAUCAGCAUCAACCGCUCGGUUACAGAAAUCUAGCUCUGGAAAUCACAAGGAUUUUGAUUGCCAUUGGAUUUUGUACAUUUUGUAGACUUGUAAACUCAUUUUACCUUGUUUUCAUAGCUUGUAGAGUACAUUACUCAUCUAGAGAGCAAUAACCUUUACCUAUUAUACUCAAAAAAACAACAUGACCUUUGCAAAUGUCUUACAAUUCAAAUCCUCCCUCUCUAUGUAAAGUAUUUCAUGUCAUGUAUCCUGUGGUGUGGUUAGUGUAAGCUUAUUCGUAUGACUGGUUUAAAAAGUUUUUGUGGCUGUGCUAAAAAGUUACGCAUGUGAUGAUGCAGCUGUGAUUGGAGUUACCGGUUGACUGCUGGAUGAUUCAAGCUUUAUGAUGAUAUGAUAUGAUAUGAUUAUGUAUUACAGCAGACAGUCAGAGUCAACAUUGAUGAUCAAGCUUUUUCAAAUCAGCACACUGUCAGCAAGGCAUCAUCAGGAAUUUCCCACUUACUUAGCAGGUAAUUUCUGAGAUUGGGUGCAUGUAUGCAUGCUUUUGUAAACAUGAACAUAAAUGUGUCUGUGUCAUUUCUAUUAUAUUUGUAAAGGAGAAGUCAGUGUUGUAUUAUUUAAUAUUAUAUCACAUAUUUAAGUCAUUUAAAAUGUAUAUUGAUGUAUAAUAAUGUAUGUAUGAUGUAUAUUAAAAGUAUAAUAAAAUAUUUACAGAAAUA